UGUAUGCUUUUAAUCUGAUUCAUAUUGACAAUUUGAUCAGUGUCUUUGAAUGAACUCUUCGGACAGCUCUAGCAUAAGUUAGCUGUCUGAAUUUAUGGCGGGUUGACGGUCGGAUGAUAUGACUGACGUUCGGAUAAACUUACUGAUUGAAUGGUUAUUUUUUACAUGGUCUUUAUUUAGUUUCAGACAUGGCGGCAAUGGAUAAAUUUAAAGCAUUAGUAGAGAGGUCGGGAUCGAGUGAUUCCCAAGACACCUGGAUUUCGAUAAAGAAAGACGUUAACGAUCUUCAAAAAGAAAUUCAAUUAGAUCUACGAAAAUGCAAGGCGAAGUUGAUAGAGACUCUUUACGAAUUGAAAGCCAUGACUGCUGAACUCAAAAAAAGGGAGGAUGAAAUUAAAACAUUAAAUGAUGGGAUAAGGAUUUUAGAGGACACAAUAACAGAACUCAAUGCUAAGGCUAGGAAAUAUGACCGAAAUGCUGACGAGCUAGAAUCUCAAGCGAACAUCAAAAGCAAGCAGGCAUGGGCAGGAGUUGCAUCAGGGCUCUUUGGAAUUCUUCUAGCACCUGCCACAGGUGGUAUUUCAUUGGUGGCGACUGUUGCUGGUGGUGGUUUCGCUGUUAAUGGGUUUGUUGAGGCAAAGGAAAAACGCAACAAAGCAGAAGAGGCGAGAAGUGACGCAAGAGAUAAAAUAGAAUUGGUUCAAGAAAAGAAAAAAAAGCUUGCACAAGACCAAGAAGAAAUAACGAUAAUGUCUGCUGAUAAACAGCGAUAUCAAGACGUAAUUGAUGCUCGUCAAAAAGUAAUUGCAGAUCUAGAAAACCUGCGCAACAACAUUUCGACAUACCUUUUCCUUAUUGAAUAUAAAAUUAACUCCUCGCAGAAACCCCUGACAAGGUAA